GCAUGAUUGCUAUAUAACUGUCUCUGUGUUUAUUAUACUCUAUUUCAUGCUAUGAACAUAAGCAGUCUGGAUAUGCGAGGAGCUGCUCGGAUCGAGAUUAAAGGUCCCGGCUGCUGUUGAUCUGAUAACUUUAAGUAGUCAGAGUGAUUAGUGAUGGAUUAGUAAGAGUCACGUGGGAUGGCGGCGCAACAGAACACAGGAGGGAGGGAGGAGGUUGUUGAAUCAAUACAACAUCAAGAAGGAAGAUGUCGAAUUCCACAGUUCAUGCACAGUCGCAUCUGCAGACACCAGACAGACCAUCACCAUCAUCAAGGUCUCCACACAAUGGCAAACGAAUAGUAUCGUCAGCCAACGCGCGAAGGACCGCGCUGCGGGAGUUUUACGCGCUGGGGUCGGACCGGUUCACGGCGGGCGUGCAGCCCUCGGAAAUCGACCGGCCUGAUUUCAAAGCAGACGAGUGGUUAGACCGAUUUGUGCGGGAGAACAAGGCGCGGGAGUUUGUGGCGAAGGAGAAUACGCUGAUGCACGAGAUCCGGACACUGGAAGGAGAGGGCAAGGCGCUGGUGUAUGAUAACUACAGUAAGCUGAUCACCGCCACCGAGACGAUCCAGAGCAUGCGGAGUAGCAUGGAUCCGCUUCAGCCGACGACGUCUGCGCUUGCGCCUGCGGUGGCGCAUAUUGCGGAGGUGUCGGCGACGUUGAUUGCGACGCUGAGCGAGAAGCGGAAGAAGGCGGAUGAGGAUGAGCGGGAGCGGUGCGUGCGGGAGUUGAGGGCGAUUGUGGAUGCGCCGGAGAGGUUAAGGAGGAUGGUGCGGGAGGGGAGGGGGGAGGAGGCGAGGGCGCAGUGGGGGGAGUUGGAGGGGGUGUUGGAGAGGAUGGGGGAGGUGAGGGGGGUGGAGAGGAUACGGAGGGAGUGUGUAGAUGCAUUAGAUUGA